AUGCUCUGCGGCUGGGCUGCCCCUCUGCUCCUGCUGAUGUUCCAGGGGGCCUGCGGCUGCUCAGACCUCGUCUGCUACACUGAUUACAUCCAGACGGUCACCUGCAUCCUGAAGACAUGGGCCCCGCACCCUGACACGCUCACCCUCACCUGGCAAGACUCAUAUGGAGAACUGGAGGAUGAGGUCACCUCCUGCAGCCUCUGCUGGUCCACCCACAAUGCCACACAUGCAGAGUACACGUGCCACAUGGAUAUGCUCCAAUUCAUGGCCGACGACGUUUUCAGUGUCAACAUGACAGACCAUUCAGGCAACCACUCCCAGGAGUGCGGCAGCUUUGUCCUGGCUAAAAGCAUCAAGCCAGCUCCCCCUUUCAAUGUGACCGUGACCUUCUCCGGACAUUAUAACAUCUCCUGGAGCUCCAAUUACAGUUUCUACGUGCUGAAGGGCAAACUUCAGUAUGAGCUGCGGUACAGGAAGCUCGGAGACCCCUGGGCUCUGAGUCCAGUGAGAAAGCUGAUCUCAGUGGAUUCGAGCAGCGUCUCUCUCCUGCCCUUGGAGUUCCACAAAGGCUCAAGCUACGAGCUGCAGGUGCGGGCAGGCCCCCAGCCUGAGUCCUCCUUCCAGGGGACCUGGAGCGAGUGGAGUGACCCAGUCGUCUUUCACACCCAGCCAGAAGAGAUAAAGGGAGACUUGUACCCUCAACUGCUUCCCAUCCUGGUCCUCAUAUGCCUCAUCCUUGUCUUCUUAGGCCUGAAGAUCCACCUGCCUUGGAGGCUAUGGAAGAAGGUGUGGGUGCAGGUGCCCAGCCCAGAGCCCUUCUUCCAGCCCCUGUACAUGGGCCACAGCGGAGACUUCAAGAGAUGGGUGGGCACCCCCUUCACUGCUGCCAGCCUGGAACUGAGAUCCUGGAGCCCAGGGGUGCCCUUGUCCCUGGAGAUGCACAGCCAGUGCCUACUGCAGACUGCAGCCAAGGGGCUGGUGCCCACAGAGCUGCCGGAGCCCCCAGACCUGGUGGAAGCCGACGGGGUGCUUGAGCCGGGCUCCUGGGGCCCAGCCCGCUCCACCGCCGGCAGCUUGGGCAGCUCAGCUCACAGCCAGGAGAGGGACCGGCCGUACGGCCUGGUAUCCAUCGACACGGUGACCGUGGUGGAUGCAGGGGGGCUGUGCACCUGGCCUUGCACCUGCGGGGAUGACGGCUACCCAGCCCUGAACCUGGACACCAGCCUGGAGCCUGGCCCGGGCACGGAGGACUCGGUCCUGGGCACGGGGGCCACAGUCCUAUCCUGUGGCUGCGUCUCAGCCAGUGGCCCUGCCGGGCCAGGGGGCCCCCUGGGCAGCCUCCUUGACAGGAUAAAGCUGCACCUCAAGGAUGAGGAGGGUUGGGCCCCCGGGCCGCCCUGGGAUGGCGGGUCGCCCCGAGGGGUGUCGGACAGCGAGGCAGGUUCGCCCCCAGCUGGCCUGGACAUGGACACGUUUGACAGCGGCUUUGCGGACUCUGACUGCGGCAGCCCCGAGGAGCAUGACUUCAGUAGCCCCAAGGACGAAGGGCCCCCCAGGAGCUACCUCCGCCAGUGGGUGGUCAUGGCCCCUCCACCUGCAGGGCCUGGGCCCCAGGCCAGCUAG